AUGGAUCCCUCACAAGUCAAAAUCCCGCCCAUGAAAGACCUGACAGUCGACAACAUCACUGAAAACGUCAUUCGGAUCAAUUCGCUAUGCGAUGACGAGCGCAUGAAGUAUGUUCUCGAGCGCCUCGUCACACAUCUACAUGACUUUGCCCGCGAGACGCGGCUCUCGUCGCAGGAGUGGAUGACGGGUUUGAAGUUCCUCACGGAGGUUGGACAGAUUUGUACGGAGGUUCGACAGGAAUACAUCCUCCUCUCCGAUGUCCUCGGCCUCUCCAUCCUCGUCGACAGCAUCGACCACCCUAAACCCUCAGGCAGCACCGAAGGAACCGUCCUGGGCCCCUUCCACACCCACGAAGCUGAAGAGCUGCCCGCUGGCGGCUCCAUGUCCAAAGACCCCGCGGGCGAGCCCCUCCUCGUCGUCUGCAACAUCCGCGAUACGAACGGGAAGCCCGUCGAGGGUGUCAAGAUCGACAUCUGGGAGACAGAUUCAUCGGGCCAUUAUGAUGUGCAGCACGCGGACCGCGAGGGGCCCGAUGGGCGGUGCAUCAUGCGCUCAGACAAGGAAGGUAUCUUCUGGUUCCAGGCGAUUACGCCCGUGCCGUAUCCGAUUCCGCAUGAUGGGCCUGUGGGGCGGCUGUUGAAGAAGUUGGGGAGACAUCCGUAUCGCCCGAGUCAUAUGCAUUUUAUGUUUGAGAAGGAGGGCUUUGAUCAUUUGAUUACCGCCCUCUACCUCCGCAACGACCCCUUCGAGACCUCCGACGCGGUCUUCGGCGUCAAGGACUCGCUCGUCGUAGACAUCAAGCGCGCGGGCCCCGAGUACGCCGCGAAAUACGGCGUGUCCGAGGACCACGCGCUGCUCACUUAUGACUUCGUGCUCGUCUCGGACGUCGAAACAAGGGAACUGCGCGAGAAGAACUCCAAGGCGGCGCUGGACAAGCUUGGUCGGAAAGUGAAGAUUGUGAAUGGGUUGCCGAUUCCUGAGCUUGAUUAG